ACAAUCAGCUCGCAUCCAAGAUCUGGUUCGCCAAAAGCUCGUUGAAGAAAUACAAAAAAGAAACGAGAUGCUGGAUAGAGUAGAUUCGGAAAUUCAAGAGGAUGAGCCUCCUCCGAAACCUCGUCCAAAGCAAGGUCAUCGAAAAAAACCUACCGGCAAAACUCCUCAGGUUAAGAGCAGUCGACGGUCAAGCAAAAAACACUCGCCUGAUCCCGGAGAUCUUCUGAAGGAACCGUCCAAUCAAGUCCUAUCCUCAGACUGGCAACGCCACCUGGUUGAAUGCGGAUACACUGAUGAGGACCCAUCAAAGCUCUGUCGUGGCCGUUUUGUUUUGCUGUUCAGAUUUAUGAUUUGCUGUGAUCGAUGCGAUGAAUGGUAUCAUGGCGACUGUGUCGGGGUUGAUCCACAACAAGGUGCUCAAAUGGAGGAGUUCGUUUGCUCUGGCUGCCGUCGAGUAGACUCUUCUCCUUCUUCAACUACUGUGCCUGCAGCA